UAGACAGACCCCAACAACAGUACAUCCACGACCAUGUGCGGGUCAAUCGAUAUUCCAUCCUGCCAUGUACAGUAGACAGCAUAUGCUUCUCUUCUCUUUCUUCUUCACAAACCACCUCUGACCUACCUUUUGUCGCUCUGCCCUCCCUGCUUAUCUCCAACUUCCACUUUCAUACCAAGAAGCCUCUUCAAACAAUACUGAUCAUGAAUUCUGAGCGACCCACUGUCCUGAUCUCCACAGGCUCUGCUGCCGGCUCUUUAGCCGAAGUAUCCGGAACUUCUGUGACGAAAGGAUCGCAAAGGGCUUGCCUUUCAGCGCUGCCCUCGCCACCGCUGUCCCCACAGCAGAAUCAGGAUGUGUUUGCGAACCUGCUUCGCACCAAUCCCUAUAGCAUGUUCGAGUCGGCCAGCGAUCCUGCUGCAGCUUACAAGUGUCCCGAGGACGAUGCCAAGGACGACGAAAGCGACCAUGGUUACCCUUACCAUCAGCAGUGGGCGCUGCAAGAACGAGAAGACCAACCAAGCCAGACAUCAAUGUCAAUAGCAUUGACAAGCAGAGACACAAACGUACCCGAUAUUAUCAUACCAACGCGAGAAUGGAUUCAGAUGCACAGUCGUAUCAGUUCUUUGGAGACAGAGAUCGCUUAUGUUACACGGACGAACCAGCUGCUGAACCAAGAACUGGACAAAGUCAAUGGCUAUGUACAGAAAUUAACGAGUCAGGAUGGCGAGGGAUGGAAGAGGGAAUACGAGUUUCUAGUUCAACAGGUGGAUUUGAUGCACCGGCAGUUGCAAUUUGCGUAUAGCCAAAUGGGCCAUGAUCAAAGCAAUGGAGUCGCUGGUCUGCAGGAACGACAGUCACGCGUAGAAGCAGAGGCGCAACCGGACGUGACGAGACAGCUCCGUGAAGAGGUCAAGGAACUCACGGGUUCGCUCAAGAACUGGCAGGUCGCACUUCACAAAGCAGAAGAGAACUAUCGCCGCAAGUGUGAGGGCGAACGCGUCCUUAAGCAAACGCUGCGAGAGCGCGAGAUGCAGCUGUCUGGUCUGGUUGAAAAGAUGAAUGGAUACGACAGUGAGUUCCACAAAUCAAUCACCAACUACGACGAGCUGUUGCGAUUGUCAUCAAGGCUGAGGGUUCUUGAGGAGAAGCAAAGCAUGACGGCCGGUAGUAUCAGUUCCUCAACGCCAUCUGUCGAUGGUAGCGCCGCAGACCUGACGGACGAUCACAUGCCCGGCGUCUUUCCUGAAAAACUGACUCAGCCAUCUGCGGCGAUCAAUGUUAGUCAGCUUUCGGUAUCCAUGCUCUCUUGGGCCGCUCUUCUUGCCUCCUACAUGCUUUCCUAAUAUACCACUAUCAGCAGCUGUAGUCGCUUUGUAUUUAUAUCCUGCACAAAAAAAAAAAAAAAUACAGAGCAAAAUACUCAUAAUCAUUGGCAAUGCUUCUCACGCCGCUUUGAGCGAUAAUAAGAAUAAAUGAAAUGCAAAGUGAGA